AUGGAUGAGAGCAAUAUACCCAUAGAUAUUAAUAUAGGUAAGCUACAAGACUGGCUUGUUAGUCGUCGGCAUGUUAACAAGGAAUGGCAGAAAAGUGUUAUAGCAGUAAGGGAGAAAAUUAAUAAUGCUAUACAGGAUAUGCCAGUUCAUAGUGAUAUUGCAGAACUAUUGACUGGGAGCUAUAUUAACUAUUUUCACUGUCUGAAAAUCAUAGAGAUCCUUAAGGAAACUGAAGCAGAUACAAAGAAUUUGUUUGGAAGAUAUGGCUCUCAACGGAUGAAGGACUGGCAAGAUAUCGCAAAGAACUAUGAAAAAGAAAAUUUAUAUUUAGCUGAAGCAGCACAGAUGCUUGUAAGAUACAUUAACUAUGAAAUCCCAGGUCUGAAAAAACAGAUAGCUAAGGAAGAGCAGCUGCAGUUGGAAUGUGAAAAAAAGCAUAUGGAAUAUUUAAAAAAUGAAGCAUCAAGCAAAUCGGAGUUCUCAACACUAUGCAAACAAUUGGGUAUUGAAGGAAAUAAGAUCAAAAAGGAAUUAGUUGAAAGGCUAAAAGAGUUACCAGAAAUUUAUGAUAAGAUCGGCAAAUCUCUUAAACCACUAUUACCAGCAGUUGAAUUAUAUUCCGCAUUUACAAAGUAUAUAAUUGGUGAACAUGCACCGAAAGUGUUGCCGCUGGUGCAAUAUAUGGUAGAGCAUGGCAAUACAACCGUUUAUGAAUGGACCUAUGGUGAACCACCUCUCAGUGUUGAACCUGAUCCAAUUCAUAUUGAGUUAGAAACUGAUGAUAAGGCAGCUGGUGAUCAGAUUGAUUUUGGCGAUAACGUGAUAGAUUUCGGUUCAAUCGACGCCUCGGCCGGUAUUGACUUCGGUGAUGGUGACGGUAGCGGAGAAAUCGAUUGGGGAAAUAUUGAUGCGGCACCAACAGAUGUUGAUAUAUCAGCUGACGUCGCUGCGAUUUCUCUAGAAGAGUCUGGAAUUGUGGUAGAGGAGCAAGGGGUGGGGGGUGGAGUGGCGACGGGUAGAGAAGCGCUCACGUUGCUCGAUAACCCUGUCACUAGCAACCAACUCAUUGAACAGCUGCUCGAGCUGGAAUCAUUCCUCAAGAUGCGUCUGUACGAGACGAGCACUUCGGAGAACCAGACGUUCUCCUUGAUGCAGCAGCUGCCGUCCGAAAGCGAGGCCGCCCUGUCGGCUAUGUUGGCCACCGUACAAGCCGCUACUGCCUCGCUUACUGCCCCAGAGAUCGUGCAUUUGCAUAAUGUUAAACAUUCGCCCAGAUACGUGGAUGUGCUGACCGCACAACUAGAACAAAAGCUGUCUGUGUGCGCCAAGAUGUCCAGACUGGCGGAGCGCGAGUCCGAACGGAGGGCGGCGGCGGAGUCUCGUGCUGCAGACUUGAGGCCCAUGCUCACGCGAUUGAUUCAACGUACAAAAGAGCUGCAGGCGCAGAUCGAGAGCGACAUUUCGAAGAAAUACAAAGGAAGGCCGGUGAAUAUAAUCGGCGGGGUGAAAUUUUUAUAG